AUGCCGCUAGUCGCGCCUUUCACCAAGCUGGUCAAGAACUCUGCGUACUAUAGUCGCUAUCAAACCAAGUACAAGCGCCGUCGUUCCGGAAAGACCGAUUACUACGCACGAAAGCGUCUCAUCACCCAGGCCAAGAACAAGUACAAUGCGCCAAAAUACCGUCUCGUUGUUCGAUUCACCAACCGUGACAUUGUCAUGCAAAUUGUCACCUCAGAAAUCACUGGCGACAAAGUCUUCUGCGCCGCAUACUCUCACGAGUUGAAGGCAUACGGUAUUGAGCACGGUCUUACCAACUGGGCCGCCGCAUACUGCACUGGUCUCCUGAUCGCUCGUCGUGUCCUCAAGAAGCUCGGCAUGGAUGAGGAUUUCACUGGUGUUGAGGAGGCUGACGGAGAGUACACACUUACUGAGGCUACCGAGGGUGACGAGUCUCGCCGUCCAUUCAAGGCUUUCCUCGAUGUUGGUCUUCACCGCACAUCCACUGGUGCCCGUAUCUUCGGUGCCAUGAAGGGUGCUUCAGAUGGAGGUAUUCUCAUUCCUCACUCUGAGAACCGUUUCCCAGGUUACGAUAUUGAGACCAAGGAGCUCGACGCUGAGACCCUCCGCAAAUACAUCUACGCUGGCCACGUUGCCGAGUACAUGGAGACCCUCGCCGAUGAUGAUGAGGAACGAUACAAGUCCCAGUUCCAGGGCUACAUCGAUGAUGAGAUAGAGGCCGAUGGUUUGGAGGAACUGUACCAGGAUGCUCACAAGCAGAUCCGUGAAGAUCCUUUCAAGAAGGUCGACGGUGCUGCUGAGUCCAAGUCAAAGGACGAGUACAAGAAGGAGUCUCUCAAGUUCAAGGGCCGCAAGUUGACCAAGGACGAGAAGAUGGAGAGAGUCAAGACCAGAAUUGCAGAGAUCAAGGAGGCUGCCGCUUAG